AUGAACAUGAGUCGAGUGUCCAGUGAUUGUCAACACGUGUUGUCAGCGCUCAAGAGCUCAUCCAAAGGACGGCUCACUUAUGACAGACACUGGAAAGACGAGCGCAGGACUCAAGAGAUCAUAAACGAAGUGAAGACCAACACCUCUGCCAUCACUAUAUCUCCCAAAUGUGUGUCCAAUGAGAGCAUCAAUAAAAGCAAGAGUUGUCCCAAAUAUAAGGUGAUUGAGAGCUCAACAAAGCAUACAAUCAUUGAUGAGAAGUGCAAUGAAAGUGAUGUGAAUGAGAGCUCACACCACAACCCGACCCACAGAAGCCAUGAAGUGAUGAAUGGAUUGGAUUUAGUUGUUUAUGAGAAACAAAGACAGGAAUCUGUUUGCGAAGAACUCAAUAAAAAGAUGAAAAGUCUUGAAAUAGAGUUCACAAAAUGUAACCAAGAGUUUGACGAAGAGUAUCGACUCAUUCGCCAGAAGUAUGCUUUGGAUGCCAUUAAACGGAUCAAUGGUUUUGAAGAUGAUUACAAAGCGCUGAAAGACAGCAUUUCCUACAAUGAGAUGCAUUUGGAGGACAACUCACUGACCAGUUGUUGCAAAAUGAAAGAAAUUGAAAGCAAACACCAGUUAUUAGUCGAAGAACAACAACGAAAACAAUUGCAUUUCAGACAAAAACAAGUGUUGAUUAUUAAGAAUGAAAUGCAUUUAAUCGUUAAAAGUGUUGAACACUUGUCCAACAAUUGGGAAUCUCUUAUCAAAAGUGAUCAAUACUUUCACACUCUUAAACAUGAUUUAAACCAAAUGAAUGGUUGGCUUCAAAGUCUUGAUAUUUUGCUAACAAAACAAGAUUUGACUGAUUUUGACAUAAAUAGCGCUCAGAAUCUGAAAUCAGAAGUCAUUAACAUUAAAGAGAGAUUAGUUGCAGAUAUUGAGAGAUUAAAACAAAGUACUGCUAAUGAAAGACAAAUGAGCGGAACAGCUACUGAAGAACAGCCUUUAUUUGUUGAAACAACUCAUUGUUCAGUCUCUUCAGGCAUCACUUCAAAUCAGUCAAACUCGAUGUCCGAUUGUGUCGACAAUAAGGCGUUUAAAGAUUAUCUAAAUUUGCAAAAGUUUUCUAAUGAUUUUGAGAACUCAUUUCAGAGUUUUGUUUCCGAAACCAAAUUUAAGCAAAAGAGAAAUGAUUUGCAGUUAUUUGUGAAGACGACUAUCAAUACGAUAUCGUGUGAAUCGGUUGAACACAUUAGAGACAAAUUGAAUCGUUUGACACAAUUAUUGAGUGAGAAGAAUGUCGAAUACGGAGCAAAACAAAUGAAAUGUUGUGCAAAUGACGGCUCUCUUAAUUUCUGCAUUAGUCUAACCUCUAAAAUGUUUGUCAGUGUCUGCACUAAACAGAAAGACAUCGCACUAACAAUGGCUCCAAUUGUUGUACUUUUAUGGCAACGGUUUCCCACAUUUGGAAAGAUAUUUAUGGCC